AUGCAGGGUUAUUUUCCAAGUUUGGAAAGCAUAGCAACACACAGAAGUUUAUUAACUGUGCCAUCUGAAACCACAUGUGGUUUGCCAGUUAGAAACACCUGUCUUAGCACAACUGCUGUGGAAAGCAUAUUGCCCUGUAACCAGCAAUUCUACAUUCAAGAGUACCCUCAUAGAAAUUCUUUCUAUGCUGAUCUUGUAUCUGGAUCCUUCGACACUUAUAGCACUUAGGACAAUUAUGAUUUGAGACCAGGCUCUUCAAAGAAUGGCACCAGUUUUAUAUUUUGGAAUCAAACAGAAUGUUACACUACACCUCCUCUUCAAAAUCUUGGAUUUGGAAGUUCAUUUACCUUAACAGUACUGUUGCAACCUCACCUUGAGGAUGUAAUGUAAGUAAUGCAACAGAUUUUCCAAUGGCCAGAUACGUUUUCUAAUGCAGAGAUGGAAAUUGCAAAUGGGACCUUGCAGAACUCCAUUGUAGCAGACCUGAAAGGAGUAGCCUCGGAAACUGAAGAAUCCGCUGGACAGUUCCCCUACUCCUGGAACCUCCUGAAAUUUUGGUUUGAACUCAAUGGUCUAAAUGGAUCAAAUGUCAAUGCAGAACACGAAGUAGACAGUGAUCAUUGUAUGAUGGGUGACAAUCCAAAGGAAGAAAAAUCAACUGAUGUAUUCAAACUAACAAUAUCAGGAAGAGGAAUCAUGUUUUAUUAUCAUAGAUCUGUUGGCUUGCAGCCACCAGUAAUGGUGAAUACACGUGCAAAAAUCUAUUCCAACAGAUGGACUCAUCUGGCAAAUCAGAAUCUGACCAUAUGCACAAUGCUGAUGUCAUUGGCCAUUUUGGAGGAAAUCAGUUUGGCCUUGCUUGCUGCCUUGCAGCGUGAACACCUCCAACAAUUUGCCAGAAUGAAAUACGCUUUGGGAUUUGCAGCCAAAUCUUGGAUUGGAGGCUCUACAAUGGAAUGGCCAGCAAUGAGCUGUCCUGUCCAGAAAAUUUUUUUUCUUCUUUUCUGUGGCACAUUGGUUGCGGAGUGGUGGAUAUGGCUUCUCCCAGCGAUAGGAGGUCAUGGCAGUAGCAGCAAGGUCAUUCUCCUGGCAUUUGGCACUAUUGGCAGUUGUCGCAAAGUUCCUCCAGUGAUUGGGCACGGCAGCACCGGCAGAAGUGAACUCUUCAAGAUGGUGGCACCGGCAAGGUGCAAUCAGCCACUGGAGCAGGACUCGGAACCCGGUGGCGGCCUGGCCUGGCAGCAGAGCCAGGUACUCUUGGUUGCGGGACGAAUUGAUAAUGGAAGAGUAAAUAUAAUGCUCACAAGUGAUAUCACAAACGAUUCUAGCAGUCAGACUGGACCAACACUUAUGGAACAAGCACUACGUGUCAUGUUAAAGGAGCUCUUUGACACUAUAUUACAUAGGAAACAAUGGCCUAAUUGUAUUAUCGCUGGAUCCAUAGACCCAGUUCAUUGUAGAAUGCAAGAUUUACGGUUCUAUCAAACAGCUCUCACAAACAGAGAAAUUCAUGAAGUGUUUUCUUGUAAAUUACCAUACAUACACACCCAAAUAAAUUGUUGUUGACCAAGCUCCCAUCCACAAGUUCAUCAACGUUUACAAAGAUACUGCAUUCCAAAUGGAGUUGAAGAUGCAACUAAUGUCUGGCUUCUUCAACUGAAUUUGAACUGUCAACCAUUGACCCACAUCAAUGAUAAGAAUAUUGGCUCAUCAUGGAUCUCCUCUGUUUUUAACAAUUUAGUUCAUUUGGAAGGUGGAGUCAGCGUAACUAUUGAUCUGCAGAAUGGACCAUAUAAGGUCUUCUAUAUUAUCUUGCAGUUUAGUAGCCCUCAAUCAGAAGUUGUUAAGGUUAGAAGGGAUGACAGGAAACUAGAAUAGCUAGAUUGGCAGUAUUUUGCUCGAGACUGCAUAAGUACCUUUGGAAUAGUCAAUAGUAGCCCCCUUGAAUAUCCUGAUGCUGUGAAUUGCCUUCGGUUUCCUCAGUAUGUUCCAUGCUCAGGUGGAAAUGUGACUUUCAACAUAUCGGCUUCUGAACCAAGCAGGCGUCCUGGGUACAAUGAAUUUUGUGAUUCUCCAGCUCUACAAGAAUUUGUCAAGGCUACUCAUGUAAGAAUUCACCUGAGAGACCAAUACCGGUUAGAAGAGAAGGUGGUAGAAGAGCUGGAAGACAGUGAUGAAGAAGAUCAGCCCAUUCACUCUGACAUUUGUAACCAGCCAAGUAUUGACUUUGCAAAUGCAGAUAGGUCACUUAAAUCUGGAGUCAAUUUUGUUCCACUCUUCAUUGACAAGCCUUUCCAUCAAGGUGAACUGAUUCAUGCUUAAACCACAAAACCUUGCCAGUGCUAUGAUCAGGCCAUCAGCUGCCACCAUAACACUUUAACAGAUCCAUUCUCUCAUGACUAUUUCCAAGAUGGUGGUGGAAUUUGUGAUAACUGUCAACAUUGCUGUGGAAUCCAUGAGGAUCCAACGGGCGGCCUGCAGGCUGAUCCAAAAUGCAAAUUCUUGAAGUGCAAUGGUGCAAUUCAUGCUACACAAGCGAAUGGCUCAGAAUCCCCAAUGAUCCACUGCUUGUCUUGUUCACAAAUAAAUUGUGAAUGGUGUAGAGACUAUUUUUACUGAAAAGUAGAUGUCUGCCACUCAGCAACUGAUGUGUGCAAACCUUGUGAUUGCUUACAAUCUGGAGUUAGAAAUGGGAGCCUCCUGUGUGAUCAGAUUGGAGGCCAGUGUAAAUGCAAGAGAUGCAUGUCUGGCAGACAGUGUAAUCAGUGCCAGGAUGGAUUCUAUAAUCUGCGCUUCUCAGACCCUGAUGGCUGCAUUCCUUGUAACUGUAAUACCUUUGGGACAGUGAAUGGAGAUAUUACCUGUCACCAAAAUUCAGGUCAAUGCAAGUGCAAAGCAAAUGUUAUCGGAAUAAAAUAUCAACAGUGGAGCUUUGGCAUCAAACUACCGAACAGUUCAAAUUCAGACAAAUGUGAACCAUGUAACUGCAAUAUUAAUGGUUCUGCGAACCAGAUCUGUACUCCUUGCAGUGGACAGUGUAACUGCAAGGCAAAUAUCAAAGGAUUUCAAUGUGACACUUGCUUGGGUAAUUUCUGUGGACUAGGUGCAGGUAGCUGCGAGGCUUGUGAGUGUGACUCAGCAGUAUCAAUCCUUGGAUUCAUAAAUGACUCGAAAACAGGUCAGCGUGUUUGCAAACCUAACAUUGGACUACAGUGCCUAGAUGGCUAUUACAAUCUAUGUUCAAGUAAUUCCUUGGCCUGUUUACCCUUGAAUUGUGACAAAGCAGGUACAAUAAAUAGAUCAAGUGGUUGUGAUAAAUCCACAAGCCAAUGUCUAUGUUUUGUACAUCCUUCAGGUAAUUUCACUGAUUGUUUGCCAUGUGAGUACCAUCUAAUAGGAUCAAGGCAUCAGAUUUGUUACAGGACAAUCGAGACCCUUCACUGCCAACUAUGCAAUUGUAACCCUGCAGGCAGUGUUAAUAGCACUUGCCACCAAACAAAUGGAGCAUGUUUCUGUAAGCAGUUUGUAACUGGUUUAAAAUGUGAUGUGUGCAAUAUGAGCCACUUGGAUGUGAACAGCACAUUUGGCUGCAGUAGAAAUAAGUCAUUAUUUUUUCUGCAAAAUUUGACUGCAGUUAAUAUAUCAUGGAGUCUACCUGAUGCACCAAACUCUAAUAAGCUCACAUAUACAUUGUGCAGAGAUGGAGUACAAAUUCAUUCAGUUCAGGAUACAUAUCCAUCUGCUAUUCUCAAAAGCUUCAGUGAUACUGGUUUGGCAUCUUACACAAGCCACUGUUAUUAAAUUGUGGCAAGUAAUGUUCAUGGUAGCACAAGGAGCAGUGUUUUCAUCGCCAGCAUUCAUAUCCAGUAUGAUGCUCAAAGAUCUGCUUCAAACUUGCAAGCAAGCCUUGAAGCUGUUAGCGUUGAUUUUGCAACAAUACUAGAAGCUGAGAGACAAAAACAUGGCAUCAACUGUGAACUGUCAUCAUGGCACAUACCAAUCAUUGGCAACAUUGACUUGGUAAAAGAGGUCAACGAACCACGUUAUGAAAACACAUCAAUUCCACCACAGACUCAUACAAUGGUUACUAAUUUAGCACAAUUUACUGUGUAUGAAUUUCAAGUGCAUGCAAUUAAUAUGGCAGGCACUGCACUCUCUCAGUGGUUCACCAUCCCUGUUGGCAAUUGGAUCGAAUGUGUUACAAGUGAAAUUAGCUCAGGCCAAACAUUAGCUGCAGGUUUCAAUUCAGUGGAAUCAAAUGGUGCAGAUAGAGAGCCAAUGAAGAGUAAACCAAAUUUGAGUAUUUUCAGCAUUACUGUGGCCUUCAACCACUUUGUCCAUGCUGAGAGAGACAGACAUUUCCCUAGUCAUGGCUACUUCAAAUUUCUGAGUUCAACUCUGCCUGUCAACACAUCCUUUAACGGUAUAAAACUCAGCUUCAGGACCAGUCAACCCAAUGGCUUGAUUUCCUUUGUUGUGUCAGUGGGAAACCAGGACGAGUAUGUUGUGCUGCAGAUACGAAAUGGGCAUCCUUUCUUUCUUUUCGAUCCACAGGGUUCUGCUGUUGCAGUUACUCCGAUUAAUGACAAAGGACAAACACAUAAUGAUAAUCGGUGUAGAAUGCUGGUGAUGAAUUACAAAGCCAUGAAAACAAGUAGCUCUUAUGAUGAUAUAACUGGUGACAGUAGAGUUGCUAACAAUUCUCCUGUUAUGUCUCAAGAACCAUUGGAUUGGAAUAAUGCUGAAGAAAAAGUUGUAACAUAUCGCAGCUGGGAGGGCUGUCCUAGUGUUCUUGUGGGUGGAGCACAUUUCCUAGGACAAGCAAAAGUAUUUAGAGUAUAUUCAAGUGCUUUUUCUGGUGGGAUACAAUUUGAGGUUUCAUUUCAACUAAAGACAGACAGGUUGAAUGGUUUGCUUUUCUUUGCUUACAGUAAAGAAACAAAGACAAACCUCAAUACUGAAUUGCACUCUAUAAUUUUGAGCUUCACAUUUAAUGCAAAUUCAAGUACAGUGCAAGUUGUCUUUUGUUUGGGAUCUUCUUAAUGUGAUGAAAAAUGGAAAAGAGUUAUACUCAAGAAGCAAGGUACAGUGACAUCAGUGAAUGUAAAUGGACAAAUUAAGUCAAUAAUGGUCGCUGAGGAAGAAGAACUCAAAAUAAACUUCCCAGUCUUUCACGCUGGGAGCUUAACUGAAGCAGUAUGUGUUAUUGUCAAUCUGGAUGGAUGCUUGUCAUCUGACAGGAUUGGUAACUGCAAAGAAAAUAACUUCAUUGUUGUAUACACCAGGAAGGAACAUGUAUAUGAUAACGGUUUGCAUCCAUUUCCUCUAAUGUUGACAGAUGUGUGGGCUUCAUGUGGACUUCUGGUCUUUAUCCAGCUCUUUUUUUUCUUUCCAGUUCCACAAAAUGUGUCGACUCCCUCAAGAAUUCACAGUAUAAAUGGUUACAGAGUUAAGGUGAGCUGGGACGAGCCAGCUGAGGUCAGAGGUGUAAUUGAGAAGUACAUUUUGAAAGCACACAAUGAGGACAGUCCCAGCACGCCCCUCAUCAGAGCCAACUUCACUGACACCCGUUCCCUGGCAGAAAACUUGACUGAUCUGAUUCCUUUUACAAAUUAUAGAAUAGCACCGAGUGUCUGCACAUUGGCUGACUUUUCAGACAGUGCACAUGCCGGCUAUUCUCCACAUCAGCUCGUGCUUGAAGCAUGCACAGUUGUUGGCUAUGCAAACAGUUCGCAGAUCAUUGUGUAAAUCCUGGACUCAAGAAGCAUAUAUGUGCAAUGGAGUGAACCUGUAGAAAUUAAUGGUCAUCUUGAACUUUACUUUUUAUAUGCCAUUGCCUCUCGAUCUUGUUGGCUCUCAGCCGUGAGACGGAAUAAAAAGAAUUCAGCUGUUAAAUUCUGCCAGAUCUCUGAGAUACUCAUAAGUGCAGACUUCGUGCGCAUUACCCCAGUCACUUUCUACCAUUUCUGUUACUAUCAGGGCUAUUCGCUUGAAGGAGGAUGGACAAUGAGUUCAGCUAGUAUUGCUAAGACUGAAGACAGAACCCCAGAAAACGUUUCUGUUCCUAUUGUCCGCUCUUCUGCAUCCAAUUCCUUUAACAUUUCCAGGCCAGAACCUGGGUUACCAAAUGGUAUUAUCAUAAAUUAUGGGCUGUAUCUGAAUGGAGUGUUAGUGGAAAACUCCCCUUCUUUCCUUGGCUGUCACAUUAAUGAUCUAACACCAUGGAGUCUCCAUAACUUCAGAGUUCAAGCUUGUACAGCUAAAGGCUGUGCAUUAGGUCCCCUGUUAAAUGUGGGGAUGCCUUAUGAUGCUAUGAUAGCAUUCCUGCUUCUGAACCAGAAGCUCAUGGACUUGUUAGUUAUGGAAGUCCCCUAUUUCAACUACAGAAUUCAACUAAAUGACUCCAAUCGCUAAGGAUAUGUGGCAAGUGAUCUUGCAGCAAUAAAAUUGCCUCCUGGAGCUCCAGAUGGUGUGCUGCCUCCAAGGCUCUCAUCUGCCACUUCGACCAGUCUUCAGGUUGCCUGGUCUACACCAGCUCGUAACAAUGCUCCAGGCUUGCCCAGUUACCAGCUUCAGACAAGGCUGCUACAUUCCUUUGCAGAUUCUGUGUAUCAGAUUAUGCAGCCAGAGAAAAUAAAUGUCAAGCAAUUAAAUGUAGAAGAACAAGGACCAGUGGAUCCACCUCUUCUGCUGAAUAUCAGAUCUCAAAACCUGUUAUUGGUAUGGGAACAGUGUAAUGGUUACAUUACUCAGUAUCAAAUUUAUUAGGAUGGUUUCAGGCUGGCCACAUUACCAAGCUGCAUUAGCUAUUCUCUGAACUAUCUACAUGCAUACUCUGUGCAUGUUUUCCAAGUGGAAAGUUGUACAACAGCAGGAUGUUCUCUGUCACCAGAGUCGCACCUGGUUCAAACAAUUAAGAGAGUUCCUGAGAAUAUUUCUGAUCCAGAACUUUAUUCAGGCACUCCAAUUUCUGUGCUUAUAGCAUGGAAUCCCUCAGCCUAUUCCAAUGGUAUUAUUGAUAGCAUAUUAAUGGAGAUGGAAGUUAAGGGGACAGAAGAGAUUUUUACCCUCAUGAUUGAAAUUCUGGACAGCCUGAGAUAUGUCGAUAACUCUGUGAGCCCAAACCCUAGGAUUACUUAUAAAAAUAGGACCCUAGUAAGCACUGUCAGUGGUGGACCAAAUAGCAAUGCUUCCAAUGAGGACCACAGGCUUUCAAGACCAGCUAUAGUGCAGCCACCACGAAUCCAGGUUCUGAGUCCAAAUUCAGUUGAUGUUACUUGGCAAGCUCCUUUGAUAUUAAAUUGUGAAAUCCUUCUUUUUGAAAUUCACAUGCCUGAUCCACACAUCAGAAUUGUGAAUACCUCUAGUAUGCUGCAAUACAUUGGGCUGGAUCUAUUCCCUUUUACCAAUUAUUCAGUAAUGAUUGUUAUUUGCACCAGUGGUGGAUUUAUAGGGGGCUGCACUGAAAGUUUGCCAACUAGAGUGAUUACUCACCCCACAGUUCCUCAGGGUAUUAGCUCCUUGGUUGUAAACCCUGUUAAUGAGUCAUUCAUUACUGUUUCAUGGCAGCAUCUCACAGGGCCAAAUGGACCGAAUAUAAAAUAUGAGUUGCUAAGGCACAAAUCUGAACAACCACUUGCAUCAAAUCCCCCUGAAGAUUUAAAUCUUUGGCCGAAUAUUUACUCAGGGACACAAUUGUACUAUGAAGAUAAAGGUCUUAACAGCUGGAAUUUAGACUGUUUUUCCUCUUCAUUUAUAGAGCCUGAAGGCAUGCUACCUCCGGAGGUCAAUGUGAUCAAUAGUACAGCUGUUCAUGUCAUCUGGACAUCACCGUCAAAACCAAAUAGUCUUGUCACCGAAUAUUCUAUUCAUGUGAAUAAAAAGCAGCAUAAUACUGAUAUGCAUUUACCCAGGCCUUUUAUAUUGACAGACCUUUAUCCAUUUACUGUAUAUAUGAUAAAGAUUGAGGUAUGCAUACUAUAUGGCUACACUAAAAGCAACAAUACCCAAGUCACCACCCUUGAACAUAAACCAUCUAAUAUAGCUGCACCUCAUAUACAUGUCAUGAAGUCAAGAACUCUUAGAAUUGAUUGGCUCCCUAGACGACCAAAUGAUAUCAUCUAAGGAUAUGAAAUUAGGAGAAGAACAUUGCAUCAAUGUGUCAUAACCAAGCAAUACCCUUUCACAGAUCCCAGCCACCAUUUUGCUUAUGUGGAUAUUCUUUAUUGUGAUGGAGUGCUGUACAGCAGUCAGCCAGGCUAUGCUUGCUGUGAAGACAGAUACAUUGUGUCAAGUUUGAAUUCCUUCGUAGUUUGUUGUGGUGGGUUUCUCCACACUUUACAACCUGGAUUUCACUGUUCUGGGACUUACUACAUCAGAGUUCUGCCAGUAUCUCUUAUCGAACCAGGCAUUAUCAUACAUUACAUUGUUCUACGCGAUGGGACUGUGUGUUUUUGUGGGACAGGCUUCAGUUUCACGGACACUGGCAGCAUUCAGCCAUACCAGGAAUACAUAGAACUGAGAGCUUGCACAAUUGCUCAGUGUGCAGAUAGCAGCAAGGAGGGUCUUCAGCCACACACUGACCACAGUUUCACAGUGAUUGUGUGCACUUCUGCUGGAAGCAGCACAAGUCCAUUUGCACCAGGCCAGACUCUGCAAGCUUCUCCUGAAGGUAUUUGGCCAAACGCUUAUCAUAUUACUGUAAGCCCCAACAUUGUGGAACUCUAUUGGACAGUGCCAAUAAAGCCAAAUGGGUUCACCAUUCAAUACUAUUUACUCCGCAAUGAUACAGUCAUCUUCACUGGUGGCAGUGUAUGUCUCAACCAUAUAGAUACUGGCUUACAGCCCAACACAAGAUUGCAGACCAACACAAGAGGAGGGAGUGGUAGAAGUGAAAUUUAUGUUGUUCAAACAGCAGCAUCAAUGCCAGAGAAAACUUUAGUUCCAUAUAAUGUCACAGUAGCAUCCAUCUUCAUUGUUCACAGCUUGGACUCCACCUGUAUAUCAGCUGGUUGUGGAGCUGGUGAACGAACAUACAUAAAGAUGGUGGAAGCAUCAUCCAAUAUCAACAGCCUCCUGUCCUAACAACAGUUGUUUAGCAGUUGGAAAGUCAAAUGGCUUCUGCCUGAAAAGCCGAAUGGAAUUUUAUCGCCUGUUGGGACUCAGGAAGAACUGCUGAUUUUCGUUUGGUCUGAAGGUGCUUUGGAGUUUAUAGAUUCUUUCAGAUAUGCGUCACCUUAUACUGGAUAUCAGUAUUGUGUCAGAGCUCAUAACUCCAGGGGAUCAGCAGACUGUCUGUGGGUUUUCAUGCAAGCUCUUGAAGCAGCUCCUCAAGGCAUGGUUGCUCCCUUUGCUCAAACCACAAGUGUAUUCUCGGUCAUAUUGCACUGGACUGUAAUCAGUAUCUGUGGCUAUUUUGUUCAUGAGAAAAACAAUCAGAGAAAACAAACAUACAAUAUUUAUAGUGAUGGCAAUUUGGAGUAUAGUGGUUUGUUCUGUCAGUUCUUAUGUUGAUGCCUAGAGCCUUACACAGUCUAUACGCUCAAUCUUGAAGCUUAUACCAAGCAGGGGUGUAAGCAUCUUCCACCACAAGAAGUAAGGACAGACAAAGCAUUGCUAAUGUCUCAGCCUGCACCUACAGUUGCAAAUGGAAAAAUAAUGCAAUAUGACGAGUUUCAUAAAGAUAAUAGACAGUCUUUAGCUGAAAAAGAGAUUAUAUUCAGAGACUAUGAGACUGACAAAAAUGAAUAUGUAUUUAUUGAUAACAAUUUAAUACCACAUACAAAGUAUGAAUAUAAAGUACCUAGUUGGACAUGCAGGCAGUCUGUGGGUGGUUCUGAAAACCAGUCAGAUGCACCUAUUGGCCUUCCUUCUCCUGAGGUUCAACAUGUACCAGAUAAUCCACAUAAGAUAGUAAUCUCCUGGUCUCCUCCAGAAAAGAUCAAUAGUGUUCUUCAGUCCCAUAGACUACAAAGGAAUGAACUUCUUUUUUGUUUCAGUUUUCAUACUGUAAUGUGUAAAUGUACAGAUGAAGGCCUGCUUACAAACACUGUUUACAGCUAUCCAGUGAUUGCUGUAGAGCAGGAGGCUGCUGUUCCAGUAAAACAACUGGCUGCUACACCAGUAAAACAACUAAAACACCAACACUUGAAACUGCUCCAGUUUUUUACUUUUCUUAUCUUAAUUGCCUUCACUAAUGGUGGUAUCUCCAGCUCAUUUAUAAAUUAUUGGACACUGGACACAACUUCAUCUAAUAUAAAACCCAAGCUACAAGUUAUAUGGAAGGAACCAACCAACCCUAAUGGGCAGAUCAGAGUUUGUGAACUCAGGCAGGAUGGGCUGCUCAUUCAUAUAAGCCUAGAAACUCGGUAUCAUGACUUCACUCUGACACCAGCUGUGGAGUACAGUUAUACAGUUGCUGCCAAUAAUAACCAAGGAAACUCCAUCAGCCCACCUUCCAAAGCUAGGACUAAUCCUUCAGGUCUUUCUGGAAUGGCUCCUCCAAAACUAUGUGUAUUACCCUCUAAAGAUAUCAUUGUAAAUUGGCAACCACUUGCUCAGACCAAUGAACUGACUGUCAACUGCACGAUGAUCUGCCAUGAUCUCGCCACAAUUGAUCUUCAAGCUUUCACGUUUUCUCCACCUUACACAUUUGAAGUGCAAAUUGAAGCUUGCAUGACCAUUGGUUAUGCUUCCAGUGAAUGGGCCUAAGCACAAACUCUAGGCUCACCUAUUAUGCAACCCAGGCCUGUGAUUGAGCUGCAGACUGACAGAAAAGGAAUGUUUUUAAUAUCAUGGAGUGAGCCCACACAGCCCAAUGGUGAAAUAUUGUUCUAUGAACUACACAGAAGAAAAGAAAUGCAUUCCUCAAGGGAGAGAGCAUUGGUCCUUAUUUACAAUGCAAGAAAAAUCACUCCUCCUACCCAACCAAAUGGAAUUAUCAGCUUGUACAGGUUGUUUGCCAAAACUGCACAUGGCAUUCUAAGUGUACUCUCUGAAGGAACAUUAACACAGCAAACUAUUUAUGGACUGCAGCCUUUUACAACUUAUUCUAUUGGUUUAGAGGCAUGCACUUGUUUUAACUGCUGUAGCAAAGAAUCUGUGGCAAGACUUUUUACUCAGCCAUCAGUUCCUGUCAAUCAGCCUGACUCAUUGGCUCAGAAUAUAACAUCUAUGAGCACUAUUUUGCAAUGGGAUGCUCCACAGUCACCUAGUGGUAACAUUCAAAGUUAUGAACUUCAGAUGCUCACUGCCUAUCCUCAGCCAAUGCAACCAAUAACACAGUCUUUUAUUGCUGAACCCAUUAAAGUUGUAUAUACUGGAAAAGGUCAGAGCUUCAACUUGACAGACCUUCAGCUUCACACAAGUUAUAAUCUUAAAGUAAUAAGCUACAGCUCAGUGGACAGUACAGCCUCCGAGUGGAUUAUCAUUACCACAAAGAAAGAGAUGCCCCAGUACAAAGCACCAUUCAAAGUAACCAGCAACUUGACAGCAAUUUAUUUGGACUGGAGUCAAACAUUCCAGCUGAAUGGAGAACUGAAAGAGUACGUACUGACAGAUAACAACAUUCAGAUUUACAGUGGAUUCGACAGCAGAUUGCAUAUUCCAAGAACAUCUGAUAAAACUUUCCUAUUUCAAGUUAUAUGUACCACAGAUAUGGGAAGCGUAAGUACUCCCACUAUCAAAUAUAACACAGCAACACAUGUGGGUUCUACAAUACCCACCGUUGAGGAGAAAACAGGAGCACCACAAUCAAACACACUGUUCUACAAUGAAUUGUGGUUCAUUACAAUAAUGGCAGUCCUUGGAUUGCUGUUUCUGGCUAUAUUCUUGGCUAUCCUACUGCAAAAGGCAAUAAGUAAACAACCAUUCAAACGAGAGAGGCCUCCUUUAAUUCCACUGCAAAAGAGGACUAAUCUGCCUAAUGAAUCCUUCAUGGGACUAACUGACACAAAAAUCGCAGAACGUGGAGCUCAAAUCAGUAAUUCCAACAUCUCAGUGCUUUGUGUGCCAAGCCAGAGUCAGCUUGUUCUCAGUGACGCCUGUUCUCAGACUUCUCUGCACCGCAGUGUCAGUCAGCUAAUUGAUACCCAUGACAGAAAAUCCCUCAUUGAGGACUCAGUUUGGGACUCUCUUGGACAGGGUCGUGACAGUGGAAUGUACCCAGAUGAUGAUGAACUAUUUGAGUCAAUUAAAGGUUUUAGUUCAGUUACAAAGGAGCACACAAUAUUCACAGACACUCAGCUGUAA